AUGAUUACUGGCACCACCGACGGUAAAAUAAUGGUCAGAAGAUGUCUAGUAACGUUCAAGCCGUUCAGGAUAUUCGUGGUGGGAAUAGGCUUCUUCAGCCUGUGCUUUCUAAUGACCUCUCUGGGGGGGCAGUUCUCAGCCAAGAGACUGGGGGACUCCCCCUUCACCAUCCGCACAGAAGUGCUGGGAGGCGUGGAGUCACGUGGUGUGCUGAGGAAGAUCAGUGACAUGCUGGAGGUAAUUCUGAAGAGGAUGGACAGCCUGUCCAAACUUGACAACACCUCCACCACCGAUGCACGGCGCCUGGAUGAGCUCAGCUCUGCUAUCAACAGGUUUCAACCAGCCGGCCUGGUGGAGAGGAUCCAAGCUAUUGCCCAAAACGUCUCCAACAUGGCCAUCAGGGUGGAGCAAAUACUGCAAAACAGCAUGGUGCAAGGAAGAGCAGUGAGAGAUGGGACGUCAAGCCAGUGUGAAGUACCAAGAGACCCGCGCUUUCCAGAGUGUCCUGGGAAAGUAGAUUGGAUGCGUGCACGUUGGACGUCGGACCCGUGUUAUGCUUUCUACGGUGUCGACGGUUCAGAUUGCUCCUUCCUCAUCUACCUGAGCGAGGUGGAGUGGUUCUGUCCACCACUGGCCUGGAGGAACCACAGCAGCCCCCCCACACAACACGCACAGCAGGCAAAGGCCCCCAAGAGACAGGCUGCUUUCCGCACAGACCUCUCUGUACUUCUGGACCAGGUUGGGACGGGAAAGGAGUCCCUCAGCUUCAUGAAGCGCCGAAUCCGCCGCCUUGCACAGCAGUGGGCAACGGCCGCCAACCACCUGGAUGCCAAGCUGGAGCAACGAUGGAGGGACCAGAAGAAGAUCCUCAUCCAUGUAGGCUUCCUAACAGAGGAGUCUGGAGAUGUUUUCAGUCCCAAGGUGUUGAAGGGGGGUCCUUUGGGAGAGAUGGUCCAGUGGGCUGACAUCCUCACAGCUCUCCAUGUUCUUGGACAUAACCUGAAGAUCUCCAUGUCUGUGAAGGAGCUGCAGGGAUGUCAUGUCCGAGUGAUUGACACAUUUGGGACAGAGCCAGCUUACAAUCAUGAGGAGUAUGCAACCCUGCAUGGAUACCGGACCAACUGGGGCUACUGGAACCUCAACGCCAGGCAGUAUAUGACCAUGUUCCCUCACACACCAGACAACUCAUUCAUGGGCUUUGUUUCGGAAGAGCUGAAUGAGACAGAGAAGAGGAGCAUUCAGCAGAACAAAGUCAACAACAUGGCUGUUGUGUACGGGAAAGAGGCCAGCAUGUGGAAGCUUCAGGGUAAGGAAGGUUUCCUGCAGAUUCUCCACAGGUACAUGGAGGUCCACGGCACAGUAUACUAUGAGACUCAGAGACCUCCGGAGGUCCCGGCCUUCGUGAAGAACCAUGGCCUGCUGCCCCAGCAUGAACUGCAGCAACUGCUGCGCAAGGCCAAGCUCUUCAUUGGCUUUGGUUUCCCCUACGAAGGCCCCGCCCCUCUUGAAGCAAUAGCCAAUGGCUGCAUUUUUCUCCAGCCCAAGUUCCACCCACCUCACAGUUCACUCAAUCACGAGUUUUUCAGAGGCAAGCCCACUUCUAGAGAGGUGUCCUCCCAGCACCCGUACGCAGAGCAGUACAUUGGCAAACCUCACGUCAUGACUGUGGACUACAACAACUCCCUGGAGUUUGACUCUGCCAUCAGGGAAAUCAUGAGGACCAAGGUUGAGCCAUAUCUGCCUUAUGAGUACACCUGUGAGGGGAUGCUGGAGAGAGUACAUGCCUACAUACAGCAUCAGGACUUCUGUGCCCCAGAUCCUGCCUUCAUUCCAGCCAACCUCUCCAAACAGGGGUCUGCUGGGGGCACCAGGAUUACUGGACCUCUGUUUGUGCCUCUGCCCAAUUCCACAGCUCUUGGCUGGGCCUCCAAUGUGACGGCUCCCCCUGCCUGGCCUCCUCUCAGCUCCCUCAGGCUGCUCGUAUCUCAAGAGGGCCAGUCCUGUGUGGAGGCAUGUCAGUCAGCAGGCUUCAUCUGUGAGCCAGCUCACUUCCGCUUCAUCAACAACAAGGAAGCCCUGCGCGGGUUGGAGGUGCAGUGCGAGGUGGUAGACUCAGAGAUCAACCACAUCCUCCCAGCGUUCUCGGUGGUGCGACAGGAGUGCGGCCUCCAGCGGGAACCCCUCCUCUUCAGCUGUGCAGGUCACUCCCCCAAAUACAGACGUCUUUGCCCCUGCAGAGACUUCCGCCGCGGCCAGGUGGCGCUGUGCAGAAACUGUUUAUAA